GGGCCUGUCGGGCCAGAUGAGCUGCGUAGCGGACACCACAUAAACUGUAGUAAACGCAACCAGAUCUGCGGUCUAAGGUGUCUUUCCAUCGUUACCACAGAGCUGAACGGUGCAGGAAGCAUGGAGGCCUCCAGGAGACGGACCCAGCACAGCGCCAAUGGGAAAGCAUCGGAGCAGAUGGAGGAGCCGGCGCAGUGGGGGAGAGCUUGGGAGGUGGACUGGUUCUCCCUGCUCAGCGUCAUCGGCCUGCUUUGCUUCGCCCCCUUCAUCGUCUUCUACUUCGUGAUGGCGUGCGACCAGUACCAGUGCUCGGUCAGCCAGCCCCUGCUGGAGCUGUACCGAGGGGAGACCACGCUGCUCUCAAUCUGGGCCCGGGCUCCCUCCCUGUCCUGGGCAGCCGCCAAGAUAUACGCCAUCUGGGUGGGCUUCCAGGUGUUCCUGUACAUGUGUGUUCCUGACGUCACCCACAAGUUAAUUCCUGGCUACGUUGGCGGAGUGCAGGACGGAGCACGAACUCCUGCAGGUCUCAUUAAUAAAUAUGAGAUCAAUGGGCUUCAGUGUUGGCUGAUCACUCAUGCGUUGUGGUUUGCCAACGCCCAUUACUUCCACUGGUUUUCCCCCACAAUCAUCUUUGACAACUGGAUCCCUCUGAUGUGGUGCACCAACAUCCUGGGCUACGCUGUGUCCACCUUUGCUUUCACCAAGGCGUACCUCUUCCCCACCAACCCUGAAGACUGCAAGUUCACAGGGAACAUCUUCUACAACUACAUGAUGGGCAUCGAGUUCAACCCGCGCAUCGGCCAGUGGUUCGACUUCAAGCUCUUCUUCAACGGCAGACCUGGCAUCGUGGCCUGGACCUUGAUCAACCUGUCCUACAUGGCCAAGCAGCAGGAACUGUACGGUCACGUGACCAACUCCAUGAUCCUGGUCAACGUGCUGCAGGGGAUCUACGUGCUGGAUUUCUUCUGGAACGAGGCCUGGUACCUGAAGACCAUAGACAUCUGCCACGACCACUUCGGCUGGUACCUGGGAUGGGGGGACUGUGUCUGGCUGCCGUACCUUUACACCCUGCAGGGCCUGUACCUGGUGUACCACCCGGUCCAGCUCUCGGACGCCCACGCCCUCGCCGUCCUGCUGCUCGGCCUGGCGGGAUAUUACAUCUUCCGCUCCACCAACCACCAGAAGGACCUGUUCCGCCGCACGGAGGGCUCCUGCUCCAUCUGGGGCCGGAAACCCACCUGGAUCGAGUGCACGUACCGCUCCGCCGACGGCGGCGUCCACCGCAGCAAGCUGCUGACCUCCGGCUUCUGGGGGGUGGCCCGCCACCUCAACUACACCGGAGACCUGAUGGGCUCGCUGGCCUACUGCGCCGCCUGCGGCUUCACCCACCUGCUGCCGUACUUCUACAUCGUGUACAUGAGCAUCCUGCUGAUCCACCGCUGCGUACGGGACGAGCACCGCUGCAGCAGCAAGUACGGGAGGGACUGGAGACGCUACACCGACGCCGUGUCGUACCGACUGAUCCCCGGAGUGUUUUAGGGAGGACGAGGAGGGGAGGGUUUAAAGGUUCAUGCAAGAUGAGCGAGAGUUUUGUACAUAUCAAGAAACAGCGUAUGAACAAUCAACACUAUUUCUUACACUUUGUAUUUAGUAUAUUUCUUAUCCAUGCGGACUGCUGUGCACGUGUGUAAACAGGAAGUGUAAGCUCUUAUUCUCUGCCUCAGUAAAGACAGCGUGAUACUC